GUCAGAUGCUUGCUAUUCUAUUGCCUGUCCGAGGCAGGUACUAGUGUUCCAGUUGUAUUAGUGACUUUAUAUCGUCUCUCCGCUACUCAACUAUUCCUUAUCAUUGCUCUUUCACUUCCCCGCCCCUCAUGACUGAUGCUUUUCCUAGUGCCCUGACUGGGCCAUCUUCCAAAGAAAGGAAAUAUGAUCGGCAACUGCGGCUCUGGGCUGCAAGUGGCCAGAAGGCUUUAGAGGAGUCUCGUGUACUUUUGGUCAAUUCUGAUGGCCCAUGGAGCAACCAAAGUACUGGCGUAUCAGGCGUAGUGGGGGUCGAAACACUGAAGAACCUUGUCCUUCCUGGAAUUGGAGGGUUUACUAUCGUGGAUCCUGCUACUGUCACCGAGGCGGAUCUUGGAGUCAAUUUCUUCCUUGAAGAGCAGAGCCUGGGUAAGCCGAGGGCCGCAGAGACCUGCCGAUUGUUAAAAGAAUUGAACCCCGAUGUAGAAGGAAGCUUCCAAUCAAAGUCAAUUACGGAACUUCUGAGACAGGAUCCAGAGUUCCUCGCACAGCAUAGGCUAGUGUUAGUUUCUGGUCCUAUGAAGCGACCCUCUUUAGAUGCUCUUUGCAAGGCUGCCAGUGAGCUAAACAUUCCAGUCUUAUAUACACGAUCUGUUGGAUUCUACUCCACUUUCUCGCUUCAACUGCCGCCCUUGUUUCCUAUAGUAGAGACCCAUCCAGAUCCGGAGACAACACAAGAUCUCCGCCUGCUCAACCCUUGGCCGGAGUUGGCAGAAGCUGCUUCUCAAAUUGAUAAUUUGGAAACCUUGGAUGACCACCAACACGGUCAUGUUCCAUAUCUACUACUACUUCUCCACUACCUUGAGAAAUGGAAGGAGGCACACAAUGGCAAUGUUCCAUCAAAUUACAAAGAGAAGUCUGAGUUUAGGGAGAUGGUGCGCUCUAGCGCAAGAACGAGUAACCCCGAAGGCGGCGAAGAGAACUAUGAUGAGGCUGUUGCGGCAGUAUUGAAGUCAUUGAACCCCUUUAGCUUACGCAGUUCGACUCGCGAGAUUUUUGAGAUGGAAGAGUGCAAAACCCCCCGAGCAGACUCGGCCGAUUUCUGGAUUAUCGCAUCUGCAGUCCGGGAGUUCUUCCAGCAGCAUAAUGUGCUGCCCCUGCCGGGCUCACUGCCCGAUAUGAAGGCUCAGUCGGCAGAUUAUGUCUCUCUUCAAAACAUCUACAAGUCGAAGGCGAAAAAAGAUGUACAGGAAGUCACAGAUAUAGUCAGAAGAAUCGAGUCCCAAAUAGGGUCUCGGUCGGGCGAUAUCCUAGAGAAGGAUAUCGAAGUGUUUUGCAAGAACGCCGCUCACAUCAAGGUUAUUCGUGGACGCAGUAUCCCUGAAAUUGAUGGAGAAGCACGGACUAUUAAGGCCAUCCGCAACAAUAUAAGCAUCCCUGACUCUCUCAUCCCUGUCUUUGUUGCCUUCCAAGUCCUGGACAAUGUUGUGACCGACCUCCAAAAAGGAAAACUCGCCAGUGGAUCGAUUGAUGACGAGGUGGCGUGGGACGCUCAGAUUGAUCGUGUUCUCUCUGCGCUCAUGGCCGACGGCCAAUCUGCAGUUGACCAGGACGCCCGGGAGCACAUUUUGGAAGCCACCCAAGAACUUCGCCGCACAGAAGGCGGCGAGCUGCAUAAUAUCUCGUCACUUACUGGUGGCUUGGUCGCACAGGAGGCACUCAAGGUUAUCACAAGGCAGUAUGUGCCGUUGGAUAACACGUGCGUCUUCGAUGGAGUGCGAAGCCGUAGCGAGAUGUAUACGCUGUGAUGUGGUUGUACCAUCCGGCGGCUAUGACAGAGUCCCUCUCAAGGACGGCAACCGCAAUGAAAUGAAAUUAUGACUUGGCGUAUUAUCGUCCUACGAGUAGUUCCUCUGCUAGGCCUUUUCCGGCUUUUAAACUGUCAUGAACCCGCUCCAGUUCUACUAUAUAUAUACAUCCGUGUGAACAGCGUACGUGACCUUUGGCCUGUCGUUUUCAGGCUAAGGGUGUCCAUUAAUAUUCUCGUCAAAAUGAAGCCCAGGCCUCACCGGCUGUGCGAGAACGGAAAUUACAUACUUGCAGUAGAUCAGAGAGACUUAAAACGAGAUAAUAUAAAAUGCCAAAUACCACGCUUUUGAUUAGUGGCAUUUUAUGAUCUGGAAUAUAAGCCUAUGUCAUUUGGAGACAUGUGGCCAAACGCGGAGAAUAUCUGAAUUGCAC